GAACUGAACAAAGUGACACUGAAGAACAAAUAUCCUUUACCAAGGAUAGAUGACCUCUUCGACCAGCUCAAGGGAGCAAGCGUGUUCUCGAAGAUUGAUUUGCGGUCUGGUUAUCACCAGCUGAAGAUUCGACCAGAAGACGUACCUAAGACGGCAUUUCGAACUAGGUAUGGCCACUACGAAUUUGUAGUUGUGCCAUUCGGGCUAACUAAUGCGCCAGCCGUGUUCAUGGACCUCAUGAAUCGAGUGUUCCAUCCGUAUUUAGACAAAUUUGUCUUGGUAUUCAUAGAUGACAUCCUGAUUUACUCGAAGAACGAUAAAGACCAUGAGGAACAUCUGAGAAUUGUUCUAGAAACGUUGAGGACAGAGCGCCUUUAUGCCAAAUUCAGCAAGUGCGAGUUUUGGCUCAGCGAAGUCACAUUUUUAGGACAUAUUGUGUCAUCAGAAGGGAUUAAAGUGGACCCUGAAAAAGUGCAAGCGGUGCGCGAAUGGAAAUCGCCUACUAACCCUAAUGAAAUAAGAAGUUUCUUAGGAUUGGCAGGUUACUAUCGGAGGUUUAUGGAAGGAUUUUCCAAAAUUGCAAGGCCAAUGACGCAACUACUCAGGAAGGGAAUAAAAUUUUCUUGGACAGAGGAGUGCGAGAAGAGCUUCCAAGAACUUAAGAAGAAGUUAACUACAGCACCAGUGUUAGCCGUCCCCCCAGGCAAGGCCAACGUAGUGGCUGAUGCAUUGAGUCAUGGGCAGUCUGAAAGGACAAUUCAGACCCUCGAAGAUAUGUUGAGAACAGUGGUGUUAGAUAGAGAUGGAAGUUGGGAAGUAGUGCUGCCGUUGAUUGAAUUUGCCUAUAAUAACAGUUACCAGGCGACUAUCGAUAUGGCACCAUAUGAGGCAUUGUAUGGAAGAAAAUGUAGAUCACCACUUUAUUGGGAUGAAGUGGGUGAGAGAAAAGUUUUAGGACCAGACAUGGUAAAUGAGAUGGUUGAGAUAGUCCGCCAAAUCAGAGGGCGAAUAAAGGAGGCGCAAGAUAGACAGAAAUCUUACGCUGAUGCACGCCGAACCGAAUUACAGUUUGAAAUAGGAGACAAGGUCUUCCUAAAGGUAUCUCCUACCAAGGGGAUAACUAGGUUUGGUGUCAAGGGAAAACUUAGGCCCCGAUUCGUAGGACCUUAUGAGAUUUUGGAAAGAAUAGGCCCAGUAGCCUAUAGGUUGGCAUUACCGCCAAGUUUUGGGAACGUUCACAAUGUUUUCCACGUAUCACAACUCAGAAAAUACGUUUUCGAUCCAAAGCACAUAAUCCACCAAGAAGAGAUGAUCCUUUGCCCAGACUUGAGCUAUGAAGAGAGACCAGAGGCUAUUCUAGAUCGAAAAGUACAACAACUCAGGAAUAAAGCAAUCACAUCAGUGAAAGUCUUAAUUAUUUAA